UCGGAGCUAGACAAUCGCACGUUAUGCAUCCGUGAAUAUCUCUCCUGGAAAAAAAAAAGAUCUAGCCUCGCCGUGACUAUGGGACAAUGUGGUGUUAUUUCUUCGAAGACGGUUUUAGUCUUCCUCAAUCUUAUUUUUUGGGCAGCUGCAGGUAUACUGUGCUACAUUGGGGCGUAUGUCUUCAUCACAUACGAUGAUUAUGACCAUUUCUUUGAGGAUAUCUACACUCUCAUCCCUGCCAUGGUGAUAACUGCUGUGGGGACCCUUCUCUUUGUAAUUGGUUUCAUUGGGUGUUGUGCCACCAUUCGAGAAAGUCGUUGUGGCCUGGCUACGUUCUCAGCAGUGCUGCUGCUUGUGUUUGCCACAGAAGUAGUUGUAGUGGUCCUGGGCUAUAUUUACAGAGCCAAGGUGGAGGCUGUGGUGAAUCACUCUAUUCAGAAAGUAUAUGAUGAAUAUAAAGGCCCCAACACAGAUGCUCCCAGCAGGGCAAUCGACUAUGUGCAAAGACAGCUCCAUUGUUGUGGCAUUCACAACUACUCUGACUGGAUGAACACUCAGUGGUUUACCGAGUCAAAAAACAACAGUGUUCCAGUAAGCUGCUGCAAGCCCAACUUCAGCAAUUGCACUGGGGCAUUAUUACGACCCAGAGACCUCUACCAAGAGGGUUGUGAAGUACUUGUAGUAAAGAAACUCAAGGACAUUAUGCUGUAUGUCAUACUCGCUGCAUUAACAUUUGCUGCCAUACAGAUGCUUGGGCUGCUGUGUGCAUAUGUGGUCCUUUGCCACAGAGGUCAUGACCCUGCCUAUGAGCUGCUUGUCAGCACGGGUAUAGAUGCCUGAGUGGUACUACAUGGCAUCAUGGGAAUGGCUGGUCCUCCCAGCCAGUAUACGUGUCUUAUCCGAAGCAGGCUUACAAUUUUCUACACUAGUAUUAAACCCAGUUUCAGACUUUUGUUAGGAAAAAUGUAAAGCUUUGACAGCCUAAAUAGCCUUACUGUGGUUUAAUUCUAAACAUUAUGGUGAUAAAACUAAGAAGCUGAAGAUUUUUCUUUGAUCUAAGGCAAUACUGACAUUCUCCAGAGUCUGGUGAGCAGCAAAUCUGUUUUUAAUCAUUAUUUGGUUAUUUAUUACAUUGUACAUUUAACACUAAUUGAUUCCAUGUGUCAUGGUUAUGUUAUAUAAUGUUUUUUAAUGUGUGGUAUUUUAGGCCAAAGAAGAAUUAUACUGGAUACUGGUUGACAUAGUUCAGAUAUUUUUCCUUGUGUUGUAGAAGUGCUCCCUUUUAGCGAUAAUCAACCAGAAAGAUUGUGUUAUAAACUUCAUUUACAUUUCUUUUUAGACAACUUUUCUCUCUCAGAUUUUGCAUUCUGUGUUCCAGUCCUUAGCUUAUUACUAUGGCACUAAGGCUUUCCCCUCUCUACAAUUACUAAUUUCUUUAAAGUAUAAUUUUAAUGCUUUGCUAAACACAAGCAGCAGCAUUAAACUUGCAACAAAGAAUUAUCAAAUAUCUUUGCAAAUCUGCAAGUGCAGUCAAAAUACUUGACAGUAAAACAAUCAAAAAACAAAUGCAUACUCUAUGUAAAUUAUUUAGUGUCUUUAAAAAGUCAUAUUUGAGCUUUUUGAAUAAAAAAAAAAAGAUAUCUAGGAAAUUUCUGGAUUUUUUUUUUCAGAUCUAUUUCUGUAAUUUUAAUCUGGUGACCAGAAUGGAUGUAUUUUUGAUCAACGAUUUCUAUAAUUUAUUCACAAACGCCUAAAACGGUAUUUCUUUAAUACCGGUAAUAAUAAAGGUAACUGCCUCUUUCUUUUAUAUUGUAUAUACUUGUGUACUUCAAAGGCUGUACAAUGCCUUGGGACAGCAGACUAUUAUACAUCUGACUAAAACUGGCAAAUGUACAUCACUACAGUGAUGGGAACAUAGUGUAUAUGCCUUUUUUCCCUUGAUAAAUAAUAAAAAAGAUUGACUCUUUGUAGCAUGCAAUUCACAGCAUAAUGUCACUAACAAAAGGAUUAAAGUCUUGUAAAAGGCCACUGAUAUUAAUGCUCACAAUUUGUUCCCAAUGUUCACUGUAGCAAGAAGAGUCUAAUAGAUCAUCAGGACAUGCAUACAUACAGUAUGUUAUAAUUCAUGCUUUUCAUUCCUCCCAGUCCCAGAAGAUGUUUAACAAUGACUAUUGCAAAGCACCUGACAUGCUGAUCAAAUAGCAUGGUUAAUUAAAUAAAUUG